UUUCGUAAGGAAAGGUUAGCAUUUCUCAAGAAUUCGAGUGUCCUCUCAGAAAUGUGAGUUUCCUUACGAAUUUUGAGAUUUCUGACACCCACAGAAAGGCUGACAGUCUCCCCCAAGUCAGUGAUUCUCCCCCAAGAAAACUAAGAGACUCCACAGGAAGUUGCCUAAAAAUGGGAGCUAACUUCCGGGGCACUUAAGAUGCCUCAGGGAAUCAGGCCUCCUGUUCUCCACCCUACCUCCUUGCUGGUAUCAGCCACAAGUGGCCAGUCUUCCAGAAGCCCUGCUCAGGGCCCCCAGGGCACCUGCCCGCCCCCUCCUGCCUGCUACUUAAGCUCUUCUCCAACACUGGCUCUCACUCCAGGGGCAGGUGGAGGAGACCCGAAGGUCCCAGGUGACGGGAGCCAUAACCCAGGGUGCUCGAGAGGGGACCCCGCGGGCACCACAUGACACCAGUCUUUUGUACGUACUACCAAGAAAGCCAAUGUGCUGCGAAUUAAACACAUGCAUUGUAAGAUGCCACCUGAUUUCAGAGACAGUCCUGUGAGAGAAAAAUCUGGGUCAAAGCCACAUAAACGUGGUAGUAAAAACCAGAUGGUGUAAUAGAUAUGAUGAGCUUCUGAGUCCUCCAGCAAAGGAGUGCCCUCCUGCCUGCCCACUGUCUGCCUGUCUUUCUUCCUUAAUUCCUCCCUCCCUU